AUGAUGAAUUGUCGGUUUUCCAGAGCUAAGAUGCGAAUAGGAUUAGCUAAACCUAUUCAUGGGAUUUAUGAACAAUUGAGUGUUCUUUCGUGUGUGGAGAAUAUAAGCGUACCGGUUAAAAUCAGCCUUACUACCUUUGAUAGAGUCUCAUCCCUUCUGAUUGUAUUCUCCAAAGUGUUGGUAUGUUGCAACGAACCCAUUUAUCGUUUGGUAUGCAUUUGUUUGGACAAUCAUUGUCAUGUUUACUCCUUUGUGGAGGUGUUUGUUCUUUCCAAUUCCUUUUUAGGUGGGAAAUGUUUCAUUGCAAGAAGAAAGAUGUGCAAGAGAAGUGGCCAAGCCAAGGAUGAAAUAAAUGUUCUCCUUCAAAGCCCUUUUGCUGUCUUAUUAUGGGAGCUUACUCCAUUCCUUCUCAAGGCCAGAGAAGACUCCCUUUCAUCUUUGAAGCUUAUGUUUCAAGACCAAAACACAGCUUACCGCGCCUAUGCUAUCUCGACUAUUGUUGUUGGGACAUUGAUACCUAAGGCGGUUCAUAUAGCUGGUGUAAUUUUAGCUCUCGAGACACUAGAUGUGUUCUCCGACCCACAAGUGCUCAUCUCCUUCAUCAAUUUAGAAGGAUUCCUGAUUGAGCUUAAACAUUGGUUCUUCGAGAUAAGAUUUUUAAGCUUCUCACCCCCCCAACUAUCUCUUUCUUUUCCAUAUCUCUUUUGA